AUGGGCAAGGCCCAGGGCUUCCAGAAUAAACGAGAGGAUGUUGGGGCCAAGCGUGGCCGGGGAAAGGCCCAUCUGGGAGUCAGGAGACCCAGAGUCUGGUCUGGGUGGUUGCUCUCUGUGACAAAAAGGAGGCCUUCCCUGUACCAGGACCUUUGUUUCUUCAUCUCCAUAUCGAAAGGUUUUGUCCUGAUAUCCUUUGAAGUUUUUUCAGCUCUAAAGUUCUUUGAAAUUUCAGCCUGUGUAAGAACUCUGUUCAUCAGUGCCUUAUACUCCUUCUGCCCCAGCCCCUGGCAAUUUGCCUCAAGAUGGAAAUUUGAAAAUAACUUUAUCUGA